CGCACAUCCCCAACCGUGUUUAGAACUGUCAAAAUUAUUAUUUUUUUAGAAAAAAUGAGGUUAUUAAUGUCAUAAUUAAAAGUUUAAUUUAAUUAAAUGAAGCUUUAUCGAAAUUAAAAUUAAUUUUGCUUUGAAUAUUGAUAACUUAAACAAUGUAUUCGACAAAAACGCCAACACUACGUAUUGAUGAGUCGGAUUUAAAAUGUAAAAAUGGUUGUGACUUUUUUGGAAAUGCUGAAUGGGAAGGAUAUUGCAGUCAGUGUCAUCGGGAACAUUUGCAAAAGCAAAGAGCCCAAAGAGAACAUGUUCAACGAGUACAAAGUCGUGAAAGUGAAACUUCUAGCAGGAUAGAGAAAAAACGUCAACAAGACAAGAAAAAGUUAAUUAAUCUUUCAGUAUUUCGUAAACCUUCAUUCAAAGCAACUGGAAAUGAUGAACUUGUAAGGGAUUUAUUAAAAAAUAAUCAGGAUCUUGAUAAAAUCAAAUAUGAAAAUCGUGAUCUUAUUUCUGUUAUUAAUAAAACACGUGCCGAGAGAGAUUUAAAAAAGUGUAUGAAUUUUUUUGUCAACAAAAUUCUUCAAAAUAAAGACAAAAAAAUUGAAGAAUUAUCGGAAAUAACACAAAAUUUUUAUCAAGAUUUUGCUAAACAAAUGGAAAAUAAUUCUGAUUAUAAUGAAUUCUCGGUGGAAAUUAAAGAAAGACUAUUGGAUUACAUUGAAAGGUAUACAAUGACCCUUUUGUAUAGAAUUCUGUUUUGCUCUGCUUAUACAACUGACGAGGAGAAGGAUUUAGCUAUUCAAAAUAGAAUACGUCAACUAAAUUGGGUGAGUGGCAAGAAUUUGGAAUGUAGAAUUCAUGAAACAAGCGCUGAAGUUCGCGAAUUGGUUUACACUUCUAUAACAGAUCUUUUGAAUAUGGAUGCAUCGAAGGCACCGCAAGAAAAAUUAGCUUGCAUUGUACGUUGUUGUCGAAAUAUUUUUCUACUUUUACAACAAUCGGUCGGUGGUCCCGCUUCGGCUGAUGAAUUUUUGCCAGCAUUAAUUUUUAUUGUUUUAAAAGCAAAUCCAGUGAGACUAAAGAGUAAUAUCAAUUUUAUAACGAGAUUUUGCAAUGCAAGUAGAUUAAUGACAGGCGAAGCGGGUUAUUAUUUCACCAAUUUGUGCUGCGCUGUUUCGUUUAUUGAAAACUUGACAGCUGAAUCUUUAAAUAUGACAGAAAAGGAUUUUAAUGCCUAUAUGUCCGGUGAACGAGUACCAGCAAACACUUGGGAUUCCGCGUUAAUGAUAUGCGAGAAUCUUCAUUUAAUGUGUGAAGACGUAACACUAUUGGAUGAAUUGAAGAAAAAGAACGAAAAUAUUGUAAAUGAAGCGUAUGAAUUGCAAAAUAAUAUGAUUAAAUUUAGAGAAAGAAUAGAAGCAGAGGUUAAUGCUGUUAUUUCAAAAACGCCUCUUAUAAUAACGAGAAGUCAAAAAAUUCCAACUAAUUUGGAUUGCGAGGAUAUUGAGAGCUACCAAUUACCUCCUCCUAUUGUUCCUCAGAUUUAUUCACAAUCAGCUGAUUUAAAAGAAGAUAUACAAUCGGAUAGUUCGAAAGUAUCACUUGAUUUUGUGACUCCAUCACCAACAUUCGAUUUCCCACCAUUCGCAAGUAAUUAUACUCUCGAUUGUGGCAAGGGAGAUGAUGAGACAAGUCUCAUUAGUUUGGAUUCACAAAAUGAUAUGGUCGAUUGUCCAUUGGCAGAAAAAAGUUCCACCGACAGUUUAUUAGAUGAAAUACAAAUUGCCGAUUCAAAUUUACCAUCACCAAUUAAGCCAACUACCUCAAUUCACGAAGAUUAUCAUGGUUUCAGUAUUCAAGGUUCAAAUAUACCGACAAUCCCAUGCAGUACCGGCGAUUUGUCAUUAAAUUCAAACGAUUUUAAAUUAGGCAAACAAAAGUAAUCAAUUUCAAUUUAAAAAAUUUUAAAUAUCAAAUUUUCAAACAAUUUACAACUUUGUAAACAUUUCAUAGAAAAAAAAAAAUAAUGGAAGAAAAAAGUUGAAAGAUAAUGGAAAUUUUUGAUAUUCAGAGAUUUAAAAUAACAUGGAAGAUUUAUUUUCACUAGUCAAUAAUAAUUUAUAUGUAAAGAGUAUUUUUUUAUUGUUCGUUCGUUUAGAUUUUUCUGUGAUUUGGAUGAUUGAGUUUUGUUAAAUAUUGCUAAAAAAAAAAAACAUUUAAAUUUUAUUCCUUGCAUUUAAUUGUUAGAAAUUUAAUAAAUAUUCUAGCUAUUAAUAAGUGAAGCUUUUUUUUAUUUUUUAAUAAAAAAAAAUUAAUUUCAUUCAAGUUAUAAGUAUAAUUCUGAUAAAAGUGAUAAAUAUUUUAUGAGUGCACAUAUAAUAUUUAUUAUGAAUGAUUACAUGUUUAAGAAGAGUUAAGAUUUCAUUAUAGCUUCAUGUUUAUAAUUCUGUACCACUCGAGAUUAACACUAAAUAUAUUUUGUCACUCUUCUACAAAUUUUACAAAUUAAAGUGUUUUAAAAUCUCGAUAUGUACAGAUCUAAAAAAUACUUUACGUGUAAAAAUACUACAUUUCACUUUUUUUCGCAGUUAAUACAGUUUUACAAAUUAUUAUUGACGUCUACUAAAAUAUUCGAAGCACUUGAAUUUUAUUUAUUUAUUUUUUUUUUUUGUAAAAAAGAAUUCUUAUUUCUAGUGGAAUGUUUAAAAAAAAGAAUAUUAAAAUCAAUUAGGGUUGAGAAGUUAUUAAGGAAUAAAAUAAUUAUUUUAUGAUAAUUGUAAUUAAAUUU